AUGAAUCAGCUAGUAGUGUUGACCGUUGUGGCCGCCAUUGUUGGCGUGUGCGCUGCCAAUUACGCUCCCGCAAAGUACGAAGCCCCGAAGCCGGCUUACCACGCUCCAGCUCCAGCCUACCACGCACCUGCCCACCACGCCCAGGCAGUUAAGUGCGGCUCGAACCUGCUCGUCGGAUGUGCUCCCAGUGUUGCGCACGUACCAUGCGUUCCAUCCUACGGUGGACACAGCUACGGAGGACAUGGAGGACACGGAUAUCACCGCGCCGCGGAAUCCGAAUCGUUCGAUCAGAUGGAGUAA